AUGGAACUUGUUGACAAAGAUUUGAAAGGCUAUGCUCAUGAAGCCAGUAGCCGUGGUACAGCUGUAAUUCAAAUCAAAAAGGGAACAAAACCGGUGUUUCUCAAACCAAGGCCUGUUCCGUAUGCCGUACGCGAAAAAGUGGAAAAAGAGUUGGAUCAUCUGGAGACAUCUACGGUGUUCGAAAAAGUUGACAGGUCAAACUGGGCAUCGCCAAUCGUGGUUGUGCCUAAGGCAGACGGAAGUGUGCGCAUUUGUGGCGAUUAUAAGGUCACUGUUAAUCCGUAUAUCGUUGACGAGCCGUAUCCUUUGCCUACUCCGGAGGACAUCUUUACCAAACUUGCAGGAAAGAAACAUUUCACGGUGCUUGAUCUGAGUCACGCGUACUCACAACUUGAAGUUGAUGAGAAAUGA